AUGGAGAUCAUUUUCAAGAUAUUUUAUUGUCAAUACAACAUUGACUGGUAUCGAUUAAAGAAAAUUGGAAAUCUUGUGCAAUGUGAAUUAUUGGAACUUGCAGAUACAAACAAGAUUGUAGAAAUUGUGCAGCAUAUUGCAACCGUUAACUUUUCUCAUGUUUUGUUCAAUCAAAAAUAUAAACCAUUGCUGGGACAUCGACAUUUUCUUGAAGUAGAUUUCAGUGAAAAGUAUUUGAGUAAAGGCAUUAAUUUACGCUGGGAAUAA